AUGAAAAGCUUGGUUUCCUUAACACCACCUCAACUUAACCGUGCUGAAAAUUCAGGAGUUUUGAAUGUGGAAUUGAAUACAAGAAUGUCAUUACAAGAUGGAUAUUUUGAUGUAUCAAUACCACUUGGUAUGAUUUUUGGUUUUGCUGAAGAUUAUAAAAAAAUUGUUAUGAAUGCUAAACAUGAACUGAUUUUAAUAAGAGCACGUAGUGAUUUAAAUUCUAUUAUUCAAAUGGGCGAAAGUGCAGAUGAACAGUUCAAAGUACAAAUUAAUAAAGUGGAAUGGUUAGUGCCAUAUGUUUUACCAUCUGAUAAUUAUAAAAUCAAAUUAUUGAAAUUUAUCGAGAAAGAUUUACUAAUAUCAAUGAGUUUUCGAUCGUGGGAAAUGUUUGAAUAUCCUUUAAUUCCCUCAAGUACAAGAGUCAUGUGGCAAAUAAAAUCGCCAACACAAUUAGAAAAGCCUCGAUAUGUAAUUGUUGGAUACCAAACAGGAAGAAAAGAUAAACGUAAAAAGUCUGCCAGUUAUUUUGAUCACUGCGACAUUACAAAUGUAAAACUCUUUUUAAAUUCACAAUCAUAUCCUUAUGGAAAUUAA